AGAACUUCGUGUAUCUUGAGAUGUAAUUUUUGGAAUGCAAUUUAAAUUUCAUAUUUUCCUCCCACCUCAACAAGCAAGGUUAUUUUGCAUACUUUCAAUAAAUAUGACAUCGAAAUUUAUAGUGGAAGAACUGGAAGCGACAAGAGAUGACGUCACGUCUACGAGUGAGAAGAAAAGUUUUUUUCCUGGAGACGCGAGCAGUGACAGACGCCAGUCGGGAAGAUGGAGAAGUCAUGAGACAACGCGUGUGAAGACUUGAUAAAUCUACUGGCGGUACCCUAUUGCAAGUCGAGAUGCUCCCUGCUGUAAAGCAUGGUCUGUAUGUUUUGUUGCUACUCUUUGCACAAGAGGGAGUGAGUCCUGGUCAUACAGCCUUACCUGAACCACCCAGUUUGCUGUGUUACCAGGAUAUGUUGCUUAACAAACAAGUGUGCCGACCUGCUUGUCUUACUGGUUAUUUUGCUGUUGCUGGGAUGAACUCUUGUCAUCAAUGGCUCACAUGCGAAGACUUUGAUACCAACAUUACCAUUGGACGCAAGAUUGCUAGUGGCCUUGGAAAAAUGGUGUAUGAGGCUCACUGGCAGAACCAAACCUUUGUUAUGAACAAAGCUACCAAAGACAACAAAUAUUGGUCUGAUUUUCACCAUGGUUUGACCAUGAUUACAGCAUUCCAGACUCACCCUCAUAUAAUCCAACUGGUUGGCCAUUGUAACAAAAGAUAUUUAACAGAGUUCCAUCCACUGAUGUCUGCUGACCAUCUCUUUGAUCAUCUUAAAUCCAAAGAACACACACUACAUGAUACCAUUGAACUGCGUUACCAACUGUGCAUGGAUUAUGUAAAUAUCCUCGCCUAUCUUCACUCCAGUCCACGUGGCACACGAGUGAUGUGUGAUUCCAAUGAUCUGACCAAAACCCUCAGUCAAUUCUUGCUGCGUUCUGACCUCCGACUGAUCCUUAAUGACCUUGAUGCUCUACCUGAAGUGAAUCGCUCAAAGAAUCAGUUCAUCAAGUGUGGUCACCGAGAAAUUGGUGGAGAGUUUGUUGCUCCUGAGCAGUUGUGGCCUUAUCUGGAAAGGCCGUUUGUUGACGCUGACAUGCCAUCGUAUGAUGAGAAAUCUGAUAUUUGGAAGAUACCCAGUGUGUGUAGUUAUGUGUUGGGGUCAUCUUCAGAUGCUGUGUUACUGAAGUUGCACCUGUUGCAUAUACACAGCAGGUGUCAGUAUGAGGAACCAGAACUGCGUCCGACAGCCAAGGAGGUGGCAGAAGAAUAUGAAAGAAUUUGGAAGGUAUUUACAUCAAGGAAGGGGCAGAGAUCUGAACUGUAACUAUUUUCUUGAGGGCAAUCCAAUCUAUAUAUAGUUGCUCAGUCAGCUAGAAAUAACAGCCAAACCUCUCUCAAAUUACACACUAUCAUCUUGGAAGGCUGCAUUGGAUGAUUAGUCUAAUUAAAGAAAGCGAUGGAAUGGUCACAGCUGGAACAUCUUUCAUCAUAGGUCUGCUGGAUUAUAGCUGACCUUGGCUAAACAUUUGUCACCACCAAAAUAUUUAUUCACACGUGCACACACGUUUAUGUAUGUGCGCUUAUGUAUGCCCAAACAAGUCUAAACAUACAUACACACACACAUCAUUUUAACGUCUGCUUUUCCAGAAUUGCAUGGAUUGGACAAAACUUGAAACAGAAUUUUUAACAACUGGAUGCUUUUCCUGGUGCCAACCUUCACCUGCUUCCAAGUAAAGUAAUAAUCCCUCGAUCUAUCGAACAAUUAAUAACCUGGACAUGUUUUCAUGGAGUACUGCAAACAAAUGACACCAGUUUGAACAGGCAAGGCUUUUGUUUACAAUUGGUGCUGAUAUCAGGACAAUGGAGAAUGUUAACUGUCAUAUACACAUCAUAUAUAUAUAUAUAUAUAUCACCAUGACUGACCAGGCUAUCAGAUGUUGCUACACAUCGCUGGUCACAAUGCGCUUCGCAU